AUGUACCUAGGUACUCAUGUAAAAGUUCCGUGGUCCUACUUUAUGAAGAGACUAAUGCUGAUCUACAUCGGCCUGCACACGCCUUGCGGGAUGGUACCGACAAACCCCAAGCUGAAGCGGCGGCCUAGUUUCAUAUGCAGCUCCGAAAGAUGGGUGGGACGGACGGACAUCACUUGCAUGCCAGCAAUCAAGGAUUCUAAGGUGGCACAGCUCCUGGCAUAUGACCAGGCCCAAAUGAUCGACUUUAUCCAAGCACACCAGAAUGACAAGGGCGAAAUCCUCGUAGAAGAUUUAGAAGGUAUCAUUGAAUUACCGACGGCGCUGAAGCAACAGCUCAGCGCGAAGAUCAUGAGAGGAAACCCUGAUGCUAGGAAAAUUGAAGCAUGCGCACAGCUUAAUGCCCGAUCGCAGGCGGUCAUAUCCGCCGAUCUCUUUCAAAGACUUGAAAAGCUGGCCCAAUUCCAGGAGCAUAGUCAUACAGGCAUCGAGAGCUCUGUGCCGCUACGGGCUCCGGACUUGUCGAAAUUGAUUAGCACCUUCAUCGAGCAAACGAUGCAGUUCCGAAUGGUUUAUGCGGAUAUCCAUGAACUUGAGUUGCGUUUUCACGACGAAAAAGAGUGCGACAGCUUGAAAGCGAGCACGUCUCUGCGCAGACUCGAUCUAAAAAGGUCGCUGAUCGAGACACUGUACAGCGACCUUGGAGGAGCCCACGGUUGGCAGAGAAAGGCUGAUUUGUCUCAUCCGUCCUUCAAUGCUCAGAUAUCUCCUCGACAGCAUGGCCGCCGAGGACCCGGUGAAGUAGAAGAGAGCCGGUGAUUGCGAAUGAGAUGCGCUUUUGAGGCUUAGGGAAUUCACCAUCGCCUACGAAGCAAGACGAGAACAGGAUGUCAUCCAUUCCUCGCAUUGGACUUACACCAAAGGCAAAGCUUCGUGUUCUGCGACAUGCUUGGUAUGCUGGUGACGACUUGUUGGAGCGGGGUGUCAGGCGUCAUAGUUUUUCGCUCAGAAAUUGAUGCUCGGCGGGUUUGAGCUUGCCCCGUGC